UCUGAGUUUGAGUGAGUGAUUGAAUGAGUUAGAAACCACACACGUCCGCCCGUUAAAAACAUUUAAGAAAAAAGAAUUUAUUAUUGCAAUAAGAUUUUAAAAUAUUGUGUUGGGUUUAUUUUUACCCAGAAGUUUAAUGCGAUGUAUAAGUAUGUUUGGAAAAAAGAAACCGUAAAUUGAUAAAGAAAACUCUGUGUUAAAAUUAAAAAAAGAAAAAAAUAUAUCCAAUAUCUCAGCACUGGUCUAAAUAAAUACAUCGAGUGAUUUGAUGUUCUCUUUGUUCAUUUUAUCCAUACAUGUAUGUAUGUACAUUUGUAUGUUUAUAUGAAUGUAAUGUAUGGAAUCGUGUGAGAGAAAUAAACACAAAAUGAAAACAUUAAUAAGAAGCCAAAGUAUAACUAAGAAGCGUAGACAAAUAAAUAAGUGAUCGUCGUUAUAGACUUCUUUUAUGGUAUGAAUAAAUUUCAAUCCAACUAUUCCGGUGGCCUCAAACUGAAGACAUCGCGAAACUUUGACAACAACAAAGACACACAAAAGUAUCUACUUUAAACAUAUGUAUGUUCAUUGUAGCAAAAGUAUCUUUUUAAAAUAAGUAGCUAGCUCAAGUUUCUCGUGUGUAAAGAAAUAUAAACAUUUAAAAAAUAUUAAAAAAUAGAACAAUUUUCUAUAUAUUCCAAUGACAUGUGUAAAUGUGAAUGCGUCCGUACAUAUGGCUUUUAACAUCAUUUAUUCAUUGGCGUAACAAUUUGUAACAGCAAACAGCUUCGAUAUACAACAUAAUUAAUAUACAAAGACAAUAAAAAUUAAGUGUAAUGUGUGACACUAACAAACAGUUGUCUAUUGAUGCCAGCUGUAGUGGCGAAAGAGAGACAGGGCCUGGGAUAUGUGACAGCACAUCUGAUACAAUAUCUAUGACAUCAGAUAUUUCUGCUGAUCAAAUUGACCACCAAGUUGUUCUGCAACAACGUCAUGAAUAUCAGCAACUACAAAAUCAACAGAAAUUACAACAAACAACACAAUCACUGAUGAUGGCCAGCGCGAUGUUAGUGGGUUGCUCAAAUAAUGUUGUGGGCGUCAAUAAUAAUAGUAGCUGUAUUACCUCCAACCCUAACAACAACAACAUCAAUAAUGAAGGUGAUAUUUCACACAACAAUAGUCAUCUCCAGGGUCACUAUAGUAGCUCCAACAUUUUUGGAUCUACUGACUCAAUGAAUGCGCCUUUAAUGGCACUGCCUUUGAGUGUGAUUCCUACAACCACAGCAAUAUCUAAUAAUAGAACACCGAUUGGCCAAAUAAUGAAUUCAUCAUCAAAUUUAAAAACGAUGCAAGUUAAUGUGCACGAACUAAUAAUGGAAAAUCAAUCGCUACGUGAUAAACUAAAAGAAAUCACUGUGGAUCGUGAUCGACUAUUAUGUGAAGUAUCUAACCUUCGAAUGGAGCUCGAUAUGUUUGAACUGAAACGCUUGCCAGAGGAAAAUUUCCCACAAAAACCAAUUGAACGAAGUGGAUCAGCUCAAUAUGGUAUUGCUGGAAUACCUGCAUCAAAUACUUCUGGCUCUGAGAGUGGUGGAUAUGUUUAUUUACAACAGCACUAUGUUCCCACAUCGGCAUCAACCAAUUCGUCAAAUUCAAUACCUUAUUCAACGGACAACCAGCCAUCUGUGGUCUUCCAACAACAUCCACAGCACUACGCAUCGUGCCAUCAACAACAACAGCAACAACAUCAAUUGCCUAUGAAUUUUCAUACAGGUGGAAUACAUUAUGCUCAUCACAUUAAUACCCAUGACCAUGGUUAUCAUAAAAACCACCAUCAUCAUAUUCACGGCCACCAUCAACAUCAUUACCAUCAUGGAGGUGCGGUUGUUAUAGCUGGUAGUGGUGUUGGUACUGGAAUAGGUAGUGGUGGUACUUCACCUUCUUCAAUGCACCAACAAAAUGCGAAUAAAAAAAAUACAAUUCGUAAUGGCAGCGAAGUACUGAAACGAUCCAGAACACAGUCUGCGUACGAACUUUCACAGGAUUUGCUUGAGAAGCAAAUUGAAUUGCUGGAACGUAAAUACGGCGGCGUACGUGCUCGAAACGCUGCAAUUACAAUUCAGAGAGCAUUUCGUCACUACAUGAUGGUAAAGAAAUUUGCGUCAAUAACAGCAAUGGCCAAAGCAGAAAAACGACUAAGUCGGCGCACAAUGGUCGUUGGUGGCGCCACAGCAGUGGAUGAAACAGCGGCAGCUAAUAUGUCAAUGUCUUCCGCAUAUAGUAGUAAUACCGAAUCUCAAUUAGAGCCAAAUCAAUCUAACACAGUGUCCGUGCAAGGAACUCAGCAGCAAAUACAACCACGCGUUACUAUAAUGCCAGGUCCUCCCGGUGGCGUUGGACAUCAAUCUUUGGCAUCCGGCUCUAGAACACCACCGACACGAUCGUUAUCGAUGCGUGAGCGGCGACACGUAGAUGGCGGCACAAUACCACGCAGUCAAUCAGGCGCUUCCAACACUUCGGCCUCAAGUUCGGUGUCUGCCGGUGUAUCGGGAUCAAGUCAUCCUCAUGUUAACUUAUUGCAUACAGCAGAUCCUCAUUACUAUGCAGCUCAUAGUUUAAGUGGUGCACAAAUGGCAGCUUACUGCGGAAGUUAUCACUCCGUUCAGCACGACGGAAGUUUUGCAAGUUCUGCAAAUAAUUCGCACUUGGAUUCCUCACUCAACGUGUCUUGGGUAAAUGCGAGUGGGACUUCUCCACAUACACCAUACUAUUCGGCAGCUCAAAUUUAUAUGAGGCCUCGCGGCUCAUCAACUUCGUCGCAGGAUCGAAAGAAAAUUCCACCAGAGGUGCCAAAGAGAACAUCCUCAAUAACUGCUCAGCAACAUGCACAACAUUUAGCGGCUCAGCAGCAGCAAAUCCAAAUGCAUCAGCAAAUGAUGGUGAUGCGACAAACUCCCCCGCCUCCCUCGCUAAUACGUUCAAAUGGCCUUUGUAAGUCGGCUGAAAACGGCAGUCUAACGUCGGUACAGAGUUCAGGCAGUGACUCGAGCGCUACUUCUGUAGAACGUAAUGCCAUUAGCGAUUUGGGAUCGGAUCGCUCAAACUCUCCAAAUACUUGGAAGCGUGGCACUAAUCUCAACAGUUCACAACAGUUUGUCCACACUUCAGAUCCAGCAUUUGCACACGCACAAAAUUCAGCAGCAAUGGCAGCACUUGUAAGUGGUGUUGCACCUGUGGAAGACCAUGCUAUUUCAUCUCACACUAGUGCUGCUCAGUAUGAGCACCACGAGCAACAUGAGCAUCAACAAAUAAUAGGAACGACUACCCAAACUCCUCCCAAUUUCAAGGUAUCUGAAACCAUCCGCAAGCGCCAGUAUCGUGUUGGUUUGAACCUGUUCAAUAAGAAGCCAGAAAAGGGAAUAACUUAUCUAAUACGUCGAGGUUUUCUGGAAAACACUCCUCAAGGCGUCGCCCGUUUUCUCAUUACACGCAAAGGAUUAUCACGGCAAAUGAUAGGGGAAUAUUUAGGAAAUUUACAAAAUCCAUUUAAUAUGGCCGUACUUAAUUGCUUUGCGAUGGAACUGGAUUUGUCUGGAAUGCAAGUUGAUGUUGCAUUGCGGAAAUUUCAAGCUUAUUUCCGCAUGCCCGGCGAAGCGCAAAAAAUCGAAAGGCUUAUGGAGAUAUUUUCACAGCGAUUCUGUCAAUGUAAUCAAGACAUUGUGGGCCGACUAAGAUCAUCAGAUACGAUCUUUGUACUGGCGUUUGCUAUAAUUAUGCUAAACACCGACUUACAUACACCCAAUUUGAAACCAGAGCGACGUAUGCGUGUGGAGGACUUUAUAAAAAAUCUUCGUGGCAUUGAUGAUUGUCACGAUAUCGACAAGGAUAUGUUGGCUGGAAUAUAUGAACGAGUUAAAGCAAAUGAAUUCAAACCUGGAAGUGACCAUGUGACUCAAGUGAUGAAGGUUCAAGCAACAAUUGUGGGAAAAAAGCCAAACCUAGCACUGCCGCAUCGUCGCCUAGUGUGUUAUUGUCGCCUCUACGAAAUUCCCGAUAUUAACAAAAAAGAACGACCUGGCGUUCACCAACGUGAGGUGUUUCUUUUUAACGAUCUACUAGUCAUUACAAAAAUAUUCAGCAAGAAAAAAUCAUCGGUAACAUACACAUUUCGCAAUAGUUUCCCACUAUGUGGAAUGGUUGUUACGCUCUUGGAUGUGCCCAACUAUCCCUUCUGCAUACAACUCUCACAAAAAGUCGAUGGCAAGAUUCUUGUUACUUUCAACGCUCGCAACGAGCACGAUCGCUGCAAGUUUGCAGAAGAUCUCAAAGAAUCUAUUUGUGAAAUGGAUGAGAUGGAGUCUUUGCGAAUUGAAGCCGAACUUGAACGCCAAAAAUCAGCGCGAACACGUGCCACAGGUAAUUCGGAAAAUCGAGAUAGUGGUGUGGCAGAUGUUGAAGUAUGUCCCUGUCCUUACCAAACGCCACAAACCAACGAGCCUACACAGAAUCCAACAGAAAACACACAGCAGUUAAAGCGAAGUGCCCUAAGCAAUAGUUUAUUGGACAUACAUGAACAGUUCGGUGGCGAUAAACCCCAGAGACGUGGCAGUGUUGGCUCUCUAGACAGUGGUAUGUCAAUAUCAUUUCAAUCGACUACAACCAGUAAUGCAUCACGUGAAAACGCCGCUGUUAUAGCAGCUGCAGCAAAUGCUGCCGCCGCUAAAAUGAGAUUGGGCCCAACUGCGGCUGCACCUGCUGGAAGCUUAUAUAUCGCGCCAGGUGUUCAGGGUUAUAAUCAAAUUUCUUAUAUCCAACAACAACAUCCGCAUAUUAUGCAACAACAGCAACAACAUCAGAUUCAGCAAACACAGCAACAUCAACAAUCUCAGGCACCAGCAACUGGUCGUAUACCCGGGCGUGAGAGAAAACUUUCCCGUUCCGAGGAAAACAGAUCGACUGAAGUUUAAAAAAAUAAUAUUGAAAUCAAUCAAAUAUUUUUAUAUCAUCGUCUCUUCUAUCUCAUAAACCCCAUGCAUCCCUUAAUAAUCUAAUUCACUAAACUAAAUGUUUUAUUUUGUCAAAUACAUCAUAUAAUACGAUAUAUUACUCUUUCCCUUUUUCAUACAGUUUUGUAUUAUUGGUUUCGAUAAAAAUAUAUAAUACAUAUACAUACAUACAUAUAUAGACACAUAUAUUUAAUAUAAAACCUUGUCUUCAAAAUGAUAAAAUUAUUAAUUUUUGUAAAUUAGCAUUUAAGUAUUAUCUACAUACAUGCAUAUAUAGAUACACAUACAUACAUACAAAAAUAAAUAAAUUAAAAAGCAAAAUAAAAACAUUUCUAUGGACUAAACUAUUAACUAAUAUUAUUAUAAAAUAACAAAUAAAUAUUCUAUAUUCAUAUGUAACUGUGUAUGUAUGUUUCGACGGAUUAUAUACCUACAUACAUUUAUUUGUAUGUAUGCAUGUAUAUCCAUAUGCAUAUAUAUUUAUAUAUUAAUUUAUAUGUACAUCUAUUUAUCUGUAUUAUUUUAGUAAAUAUUAAUAAUCCUAAACAUGUUUUGUAUAUAUUUUAAUUGACACAAAAGCAUUAAAAAGCAAUUUAAAUGAAAAAGU